AUGCGGCUCGUAUGUCUGAAGAAUGCAUCCCAGUACCAGGCAGCGAAAUCUUACUUAGAGACCCAAAGUCUAAACGAUGGAGUCUGGAUCGGUCUUCGAACAAAUUCCACCAGUUCCCCGUAUGUGUUCCGCUGGAUAGAUUACAAAGUGUCCACUUACCUUCUGUGGGAUGAUGAGGAACCAGAUGAUGAGCAGACAGACAAAUGUGUCCGACUGUAUCUAAAUUCUUUCCGGUUUGGCACUAGGCAUUGCAGUGCUAAGAAACAUUUCUUAUGUGAAGAUUAUGCUAUCGACGGUGAAUGGUCGAAAUGGUCCUGGUGGUCGUCCUGCAGCGCCACCUGUGGGAACUACACGCAGACCCGUAUCCGGUCAUGUGAUUCUCCCCCUCCAUCAAAUGGUGGUAAACAUUGCUCAGGUGAAGGGGAACAAACGAAUCUAUGUGAUUUACCAAGUUGUCCAGUCGAUGGUUUCUGGUCUUCAUGGAGUGAAUGGUCAGACUGUGAAGUGAUCAAUUGCACUUUGAAUAAUCGAACACGUGUAAGAUCAUGUGACUCCCCAAAACCACAAUAUGGGGGCAGAGACUGUGAAGGUGAUGCUUAUCAAGGGGAGAGCUGUGAACAUUUAAUGUGCUCAUCUGGAGAUCGUUAUAUCUGCGCGCAAUUUCCUGACAACUUUAUUUCUUCACCUGCGCUUCAAGAAAAAAUCGACGAAAUGUCAAGAACUUUGAAAAUAAACAAAACAAAUUUGUCGUCACAGAUUCGCAAAAAAUCAUGCGCAGAUGAUUCAAGACCAACAUCGAGAUACAUGGGAUAUGGAGGUGCGAUAUCUAUUGGAAUUUACUUAGGACUUUUGAUGAUAAUUGACUGCUCUUCCCUUUUAGGAUGGAUGUAUUCAAAAUGUAUUAAAUGAUUAUUUUGCA